CGCCAAUAAGGACUGUAGCUCUGUUUUAACUGCCCUCAAUGCUGUUGUACAAAGGAUGAUUUGUGUCGUGAAUUGACGGCAUAUUUUGGGAUAAAUGCUGCCCAGGAUGGCCAUUCUGACAUUUACUUGUGUUACUUUUAUCUGCUGGAUAAAUCUUGGUAAUGUGCAUGGAGCUGAGAAGAUCUACUCGGACAACAUCACCCUAAUUUUGGAUCGACUUUUGGAUGGUUACGACAACAGAUUGCGACCUGGAUCUGGAGGUGGUCUUACAGAGGUGAAAACAGACAUCUUCGUCACCAGCUUUGGACCUGUAUCAGAUGUUGAGAUGGAGUACACCAUGGACAUGUUCUUCCGUCAGAUGUGGGUCGACGAGCGGCUUAAGUUUGAAGGCCCGUCUGAAAUCCUGCGACUGAACAACCGCAUGGUGGACAAGAUCUGGACGCCGGACACUUUUUUCCGAAACUCCAAGAAGUCCAUUUCUCACAACAUGACCACGCCCAACAAACUGUUCCGAAUCAUGCAGAACGGCACCGUCCUCUACACCAUGAGACUGACAAUCACUUCGGAAUGUCCAAUGAGGCUUAUGGACUUCCCCAUGGACGGCCACGCGUGUCCCCUCAGGUUUGGAAGUUAUGCCUACACAAGCAGUGAAAUUAUUUUCACUUGGCGGAAGGGACCGGUAGCAUCGGUUGAUUGUCCUGCCGAGUCCAUGAGUCUUCUGCAGUAUGACCUGGUGGGACAGACGCUGUCCAGUGAGAUAUUCAAAUCAAACACAGGUCACUACUCUGUGCAGGUGGUCCAUUUCCACCUCCAGAGGAAGCUGGGCUACUACCUCAUCCAGACCUACAUCCCUCUCAUUAUGGUGGUGGUGCUGUCACAAGUGUCUUUUUGGAUCAACAAAGAGUCUGUUCCUGCACGCACAGUUGCUGGUAUCACAACAGUGCUGACCAUGACCACCUUGAGCAUCAGCGCCCGCGAGUCCCUUCCCAAAGUAGCCUAUGCCACGGCCAUGGAUUGGUUCAUCGCUGUGUGUUUUGCCUUCGUGGCGUCGGCUCUGGUGGAGUUUGCGGCAGUGAACUACCUCGCCACCCUGCAGGCCAACCGCCUGAAGAAGCAGAAGGUCAGACAAGACAAGCUGGAGGUGCUGGCUACCGGCAGCGAUGACGACAACUCUUUGCUGGACAGCUGCCCUCAGGAGGGCCUGACGAGGAGAAACCACUCAGUGUGUCGCAGCGAUCCAGGAGAUGCUCCGCCGCUGCCAAUUUUCCUCCAGCAGGGCUCCGCAUUUCCUCCCAUCCCACAGCUGGCCGGCACCAGCCCCAUCGACGAGUAUGCCCGCGUCCUCUUCCCGCUGACCUUCGCCCUCUUCAACCUGGUCUACUGGUACAUCUACUUGGCCAAGGACACCAUGGAGAGUGCCAGGGACGUGGUUCUUAGUAUCUAAGAGGACCUGGAAAAGGGCACGUGCCGCCGGAGAGACCUUCAGUACCCAGCCAGCCUGACUUCAACCCUCCUCUCUCUUUCUCUCCCUGUCUCCCUCUGUGUGUGUGUGUGUGUGUGUGUGUGUGAGAACAAGCCUUCAGCAGUCAGUCUGCUCUCAUCUGACAGAGGAAAUGAAUCAGAAACUCAUUUAUUCUCCUGCCGCACAUCUACUCAUUUCACAGGCUGUGACCACUGCCCACUUGUGUCCUGAUCAGCAGCUGAAGAGCUGCCCUUCACGGGCCUCAAUCACUCUAAAGCCUGCCACGUGCACACAACAACGUCUCGGGCCCCCUGGAACCAGACAGACGCCACAGACAUGCAGCACGCAUGACGCUCAGACACACGCUUAGAAACACAUCAAAAAGAAGUGCAUGAUAUAAUCUGUGAUGGCUGUAACGGGUGGUGAUGCAACAGUGAACCAAUGCUUUCAGAAGCCUGCCCUCUACAGAAGCACAGCUCCCACUACAACAAGAUCAAAGGCAAUUUAGAGGAGGCUCGCAUCCCUCCCUGCGGCUUCAGAAAUGUACUCAAACCUGAGAAAAUGAAUUGUGGGAUUGUGUUUUCCAUCCCACCAUCACACCUGCUCGGCCCGCUCCGGUGCUCCUUCUACAUUGUCAGAUCUACUGCAGGUCUUCUGGAAACAUUGCAGAGGAGAGUAGGAUGUAAUACCCAUGGGUGUUGAUGACACUCAUUUUCUAUUUUUGUACAGAUGCUGCAUGAUUGUGGGACCCAGAUGUUUGUCUGAAGCGUAAACCUCAAACGGUUGGAGUGUUGUCCUCUUUUCACCCAUUUAACACGCACACUGACAUGCAAGCUGAGGGAAUAAACUUGAUCUCAAGUUGACAUUUUGACCACUUAAACCCUUCAAUCCAUCCCAUCGUUUGACCUUGUAAGGAUAUACCAACUCAACUGCCAAGUGGUAAGAAAUAAAAAAUAAAAGAAAUUUCUAAAAUCAACACCGCUGUCGUUCCUUUCACUCCUGGCACAUACGCUUGCUUCUUCAUUACGCACAACCACUUGUCCCUUUAAUAUUUUUCUCUGCAAUGGAAAC